ACUAGGAUCGCACCAACAACAAACACAACACUCUCAUUUCCCAUUAUACCCCUCAACCGCAAAAAUCCACAGCAGCUACUCUAAAUGCCGGGAACUUUAAAUCUCAUGCCCCUCGCCGGUGCCGGCGGGACACUCCGGCUAUCCUCCGAAGGAUGCUCCAUCUCCGGCGGCUUCAUCCGGCCUCCGAUUUCAAAGCCACCCAACCAAUGCAGGGGUUCGAUUCAGGCUUUCGCAGCGACGGCGUCGGCGAUCGAUUCGCGGCGGCCGGCGAGUCUCUACGAGGUGCUCCGGAUCAAGCAGAACGCGUCUGCCGUGGAGAUAAAAUCAGCAUAUCGGAACCUAGCGAAGGUGUAUCACCCUGAUUCGGUGCUCAGGCGAUCGGAAUCGGACGAAAGGGACUUCAUCGAAAUCCACGACGCUUACGAGACGCUAUCAGAUCCUUCGGCCAGAGCACUGUAUGAUUUGUCGCUGAUGGCAGCGCACGGCGGUAGUCUUUCGUUCUCGUCUUCGGUGGCUCCGAAUGAGUCUUGCGGGUUCUACCAGACCCGUAGAUGGGAAACGGAUCAGUGCUGGUAGUUAGCUUCCAAAAAGAAAAAUUAAUUCGCUUCGCAUAUAACAAAAUUGUGGGUUGCUCCAUAAAAGAUUAAUGUAGAAACCAAAUUAUAUUCUGUAAAUUCUACAUUUUUUUUGCGGGGUGUCUAAUUUUGAGCCUUUUUGUAUAUUUUGUUUGGGUUGAUCCAGAGUUUGGAUGUGUGAUCCACACAAGCACUCACGGAAAAGUGAAAUAAAAGAACU